AAAAAAAUCAGCCUCAUAUGUUCAUUAUUUCAAUCUAUUUUCCAUAGAAAACAGAAUUCAUUCAGACUAGUCAUUCUUGCCUUUUCCUCUAUAAAAAGCACUUUUUUCGUUUUUCAUUUUUCAUUUUUCUGUCUCCUCAGGAGUCUCAAAUCAUCUCACCUUUCGGAACCACCAUGGCAACGGCGGCGGCCACCGCAGCCUCUCUCUUUAGAGUAGUCAUCCGCCGCGAGACGACGACAUCGCCAUUAGCCGGGAAGAAACACCGGUCCCCCGUCCGGAUCCCGCGCUUCGCCGUGUCCGUUGACCGGCCUCCGGCGCCGACGUCUGCGGUAACAACGUCGCCGGAAAAAACAAAUCCGGUGGUGAAGCGAGAAGCGGAUGGAGAAAGAGGCGUUGACGCGAAGUUGAAAGAGGAAGAAGAGGAGAGCAAGAACAGAAGCGUGUUCAGCGGUAUGAAGCGGUUUCUGGAAGAAUCGAAGGUGAUAAUCGACGAGGAAAAGGAGAACGGUGGUGGUGGAGCGCCGCGGUGGUUCUCGCCGCCGGAUACGGGGGAUUGCAGCGGUUCUUGGCAAAUGGAGGAUCCGCCGGUGUUACUCUACUUACCGGGGAUUGAUGGCGUGGGACUUGGACUUACUUUACAUCAUCAGAAACUCGGAAGGAUUUUUGAUAUAUCAUGCAUGCAUAUUCCAGUGGCCGAUCGAACACCAUUUACAGACCUCAUGAAAAUAGUUGAAAGUAGAGUCAAGUCAGAGCAUCAACGUUCACCAAGGAAACCCAUAUAUCUUGUUGGAGAAUCUUUAGGAGCAUGCCUUGCGCUUGCUGUUGCAGCCCGCAACCCAGAUAUCGAUCUUGUACUGAUUCUAGCAAAUCCAGCUACUUCAUUCAGCAGGUCACAGUUGCAACUUCUAAUACCAUUAAUGGAGGUUCUUCCUGACCCACUCUCACUUGGCCUGCCUGAACUUCAGAGUUUGAUGCCAGGCGACUCUGAGAGGAUGGAAUUGGGUAAUUUGUUGAAAGGACUUCCUCUACAAAAUACAACAAAAGAGUUGAUGGAGGAUUUUAUUAAUUUCUCACCAUCUCUGCCUGCUCUUGCUGAUAUAUUACCAAAAGAAACACUUCUGUGGAAACUAAAGCUGCUUAGAUCAGCUUCUGCAUAUGCCAACUCACGCCUUCAUGCUGUAAAAGCUCAGACUUUGAUACUAUCCAGUGAAAAAGAUGAAUUACUACCUAGCAAAGAGGAAGGUGAAAGGCUACGUAAGUUAUUAGCUAAUUCUGAACUACGUAAAUUUUCAGACAGUGGACAUUUCCUAUUCCUGCAGGAAGGCAACAUUGACCUGGUAACAGUCAUCAAGGGAACUUCUUUCUACCGCCGUGGCAAGAAGCAUGAUUAUGUAUCAGAUUAUAUACCGCCAACGCCUACGGAAUUCAAAGAAGUACUGGACUCUUACAGGCUAUUGAACAUUCUGACAAGUCCUGUAAUGUUGUCAACUUUGGAGGAUGGAACAAUUGUAAAGGGCCUUGCUGGACUUCCUUCAGAGGGACCUGUUAUAUAUGUUGGGUAUCACAUGCUGCUCGGAAUUGAACUCGGUCCAUUAGUUUCUCGAAUUUUGACCGAAAGAGAUAUCCUUGUUCGAGGGAUAGCUCAUCCAUUGAUGUUUAGGAGAAAUGAUGCUGGACUACUGCCAGAUUUAGCUUCUUUUGAUUCCUUCAGAGUUAUGGGUGCUGUUCCUGUUGCUGCAACUAACCUAUUCAAGCUUUUGUCUUCCAAGUCUCAUAUCUUAUUAUAUCCUGGAGGGAUGCGCGAGGCUCUUCACAGGAAGGGUGAAGAAUACAAGUUAUUCUGGCCCGAACAAUCUGAGUUUGUUAGAAUGGCAGCUCGAUUCGGAGCUAAAAUAGUACCUUUUGGUACUGUUGGAGAAGAUGAUCUUGCUGAGGUUGUUCUUGAUUAUGAUGACUUGGUCAACAUUCCUUUAUUCAAGUCUCUAAUAGAGAAGCUCACAGCUGAGUCUAUCCCUUUGAGGACUGAUGCUACUGGCGAGGUGGCAAAUCAACAAGUACAUAUGCCUGCAUUCUUGCCUAAAGUUCCUGGCCGUUUCUAUUAUUAUUUUGGAAAACCAAUCGAAACUGAAGGUAGGAGACAUGUGCUGAAAGACAGGGAGAAAUCUAAUGAACUAUAUUUACAAGUGAAAUCCGAGGUUGAGAAUUGUUUGGCUUAUUUAAAGGAGAAAAGAGAAAGUGACCCUUACAGAAACAUAGUGCCUCGGCUAUUAUACAAGGCCGAACAUGGUUUUGAUGCUGAAGUUCCAACUUUCGAAAUUUGAAUGUUGGAAAACCAAACCUGUUGGUGUCUUUUCUUUCUUUCUUUCUUUCUUUUGUUUUUCCCUCCUCUUUUAAUUGGUUAGAUGUGCAUUCCCCUAUGUAAAAUGAAAAUGAAAUCAUCCAUUUUUCUUUUUCCUUUUUGAUAGAACAGUGCAAUAAUUCUUGGUUCAAAUCAAUAAGAGGUGAAUGCGGGUUUCACGAA